UGGACUUUGAAUCAUAGCGUAAUAGAUGUUAAAAUUAGAUAACGUUAUGGAAGAUCUUUGGAACUAACCACUGGUUUGCUCCUAACAGUUUUAAGGGGAGCAGUGACUUUUCUGGUUUUUUUCCAUACGUAAUCGCAGACAUAUGUUAGUUUCAUUUGGUAACCGGCAUCUGAGCAAGGUCAUAAUCGUGUCGCUGACGUAAAUUCAUAAACAUUGAAAGUGGCAAAACUAAGCUCUCUUGUCAUUAUCUUUACAUUAUAAGACUCACAAUUUCAUAAAUUUUUGAAAAUGCUCAUCGGGUUUGUAGGAGCUGGACGAAUGGCCCAAGCCCUUGCACAAGGUUUUAUUGCAGCAGGUAUAACAAAGGGAGAAAAAAUUAUAGCAAGUUGUCCACCACAAGACUCUGCCCUUCUGGAAUACUUUGGGUCAAUGGGAUGCAAAACAAGUUACAGCAAUGCAGAAGUUAUCCAGAGGUCUGAGGUUGUUGUUCUGGCAGUAAAGCCUCCUAUCGUGCCAAAAGUGUUGCAGGAAGUAGCCUCAAUAUUUACUCCUGGUCAUUUGAUGGUAUCAAUUGCACUUGGCAUUCCAAUACGUUACCUGGAACAAAUGUUACCAAGAAAAACACGAGUUGUACGUGUUAUGCCAAAUACUCCAGCAUUGGUUAAGCAUGGAGCUUCAGUGUUUUCAUGUGGUUCUACUAUCAAAGAGGGAGAUUCAGACCUAGUGAAGAAGAUGUUAACAAGUGUUGGGAUUUGUGAAGAGGUUCCUGAGACACUGAUUGAUGCUGUCACGGGUUUGAGUGGCAGUGGCCCAGCCUAUAUGUAUAUUGCAAUAGAUGCACUUGCAGAUGGUGGUGUUAAGAUGGGACUUCCUCGAGAUUUAGCCAUUCGUUUAGCUGCACAGACGCUACUGGGUGCAGGUAAGAUGGUGCUGGAAACAGGACGCCAUCCUGGUGCAUUAAAAGAUGAUGUGUGUUCACCUGCUGGUUCCUCCAUACAUGCUGUUCAACAACUUGAGCGACAUGGGCUGAGAACCGCACUGAUUGAAGCUGUCCAAGCAGCAGCUCUGCGUUCUGAGGAAGCAGGACUUAGAGAGAAAAAAAGCUAAACCAUUCAUUCAUAUUAUACUUAUUUUUUUAAAUAUCUAUUCAGUGACUGAUUCAUUGUCAAAUAACAAUUUUACAUACAUAUUUUUAUUGAAUCCUUUGAAGUUUUUAUGUUUUUUAAUAGUAUUUUUGUAAACAGCAAGUUGUGAUGAUGCAUAAAAUGUUUGGUGAUUCAGCUUCCAAAGUUACAUUUAAAGAGGGGAAAAAUUAACAUAGAAUGCUAUGAAUAUUUUUCUCUUUCAUCUUUUGAAAACAUAAUAUUCAUCUUGGUAAUUAGACGUGAAAUUAAAAAGAUUGUCAGGUUACAAAAUACAGCAAGCCAUAUUUUUUACUAAACUAGCUGAUGUAUGUAUUCAAAGCAAGAAAUAACAUAGGGGGUCAGAUCCUGUGUCACUCCAUGGGGGGUUUUAAGGGUACAUGCCUUGUUUAGUGUCAGUUGGACCAGCAAUUCAAUAUUAAUAAGCAGAGUCACUCACACACAGAGACAUUUGUCAGAUAAUGAUUUAGAUUUAUGUUUUUUCAUGAGGUUAUUAUCCGAAUAUUAUAAUCUAUGCAUGCAAUAUUAUAAUGCCUGAGAUUAGUCAAAUUUUAUUUGAAUGUGGUAACUUCUUUUGUAUUUUUAAAUUGUUUGUAAAUUUGAAGUAUAACUGUAUAAAAAAAAUAUUGUAUUAUGUAAUAAAUUUUAACCUACAAGUGAGUUUAAUUUACAAGUGCUGGAUUUUAACAAACUUUGAUAUUAUUAUUGCCAUGUGACAAUAGCACAUUAAAAACUGAUUAAAUGAGAUUCAGUAUUUGGUCCACUACAUUGCUUGUUAGAAGUACAAAUUCUGUAGAUAGAAGAUAUGACAAACUCCAGAACAAUUUUUACUCAUACUGUCUAAGUUAUGAAGAUUGGAAAUGCUUAAGUGAAACAGAACAAACCUUCAGUGUUCUUUUAAAAAAAUUUAAGUCUAUCCUUGUAGUAGAGCUGGUUUUAUGACUUAAAUGUUGCUCUUCAGGCUACAUUAAGAAGGGAACAAAUGUAGAUUCCAAUUAUAAAAUGGUCUAUAACCAUAUGCAACUAUUGGAAAAAGGUAUAGUAACAAGUGUUACUUUAAAAUGUAUACACAUAUUUUUGAUAAUCAAAACAGUACGCAACAGUUUCUUUUUAGUUUUCUGUUUUGAGCAAAUGUAUGAACCAAUCUCAGUCAUUGGUCUAUUUUAAGUUAAUAGGUCUGUUGUUAAAUGUUCAGAAUCAGUGCUUAAAGACAAAAACAAGUUUUUAUGGGAAUGGUUAGAGGAAAGUGAUUCUGAAAGUUUUAAAAAAGAAAAAGUAUGCACAAUUCUUUAUGACCAUAUUCAAAAAUGCAUUUUUCAGUGAAGACCCCCUGAAGCUCCUACCAGUACAUUAUGCUAGUCCUCUUCUAAAGAGUCAUAUGACUGUUCUUUGCAUCACAAUUUUCUUCUAGUUACAUUAGCUCGUUAUACUUACAUCUUUAUUAAAUGAACUUAAAAAACAUGGAACUUUUGAAUUAUUUUUUAGCUAACACAUCAUACUCUUGGGGUUUGCUUAAUGAGCUGUGGCUUAACUUUAUCAAUGCAUGUAUUAAAAUUUAAAACUAAUGCAAUUACUACAUGGUAUAUAAUUACUUGUCUCAGUAAAUAGCUGAAAUGUUUAGAGUAUACUAUUAUUUUUUUUAUUGAAUAAACAUUUCUGAAUUAAAUAUCCUUUCUUCACACAGUUAAAUAAAACAGCUUGAUAUACCAACCUAUAAGCUAAAUCUGUCAUCCAAACCAUUAAAGCUUGACCUUUUAUAAUCACAUUGAGUGUUAACCUACAGAGAAGUAGCCAACACUUCUGAGUGGGGUGAUGUCUUUUUCCAAAAAAAAUUUGGACAAUUUCUUCCACACAAAGAACUUAAGUGAUUUAUCUUAACCUAAAUGAGACAUGUAAAGUGAAAGUAUUCAAAAAUUAAAAGAACAAAGAGAAGCUUAGCUUACCUCACAAGCUGCUGAGUUGUAAGUAAUGGUCAUUUACAUUUUCAACCCUGACUGGCUACACUCCUGAACUGUAACUAAUAGCCCUAUUUUAUAAUUCACUAAUUAAACCAUAUUUGAUCAAUCAUGAAUGUACAAUUCACUUUUACUCCCAGUAAGUCAUAUCUGUUGAAUAAACAAUUAACAGUUGUUAAAUUAUAAACAGAAGCAAAAAAGUAAGAAUUUGUGUUUUACAGAACUUUAACAUUGUAUUUUGAUUAGGUAAAACAUACAAAGAAAUGGUUAAAAUCAGUGUAAGAGAAAAAAUAUUAUGUGGUCAACGACUUUGUCAGAUUACUUCCAUUGACUGAGCCUUCUUUGUCAGUAAGCUUGGUUACACUGUCUUCUCUGUUGUGUAUGUAUGUAUUGUUUUGUGAUGAUUAUGUUUGGCAAUGGAGAGAUUAUGAAUCUUUGUACAAGAUCUGAGGUUUAUAUGAUUGAUCUCUUAACUGUUUCAGCUAAUAAAAAGAAUUGAACUUUAAACUGACCUUUAUAAGGUAUCUACCUUAAAGGAAGGAGUUUGAUUUCAUUAAAUUAGUCUUAUUGUUAGAAUCUGCUGAUUUAUCAUGGGGAGGAGAAGGUUAUUCUGAGUUGUAUGAAGUAUUUUUUGGUAUCUUUGUAUACCUGAAAACUAUUAAUAUAUUCAGUCUUGUGAACAAAAGAAUGGCCUUUAUUCAGGACCAAUUUUUUUGCAUCAGUGUUGUAUGACAUGAUGCUGUUCAAUGAUUAAAUUGGUUUUCUGACUUUGGAAGUUUUGAGUUUCUUAUGUUUGGUAUCUUGAAGAAAAAUAUUGAGGAAAAACUUAGUUUUUCAAUUCUCUAAAAAAUUAAUAAAGAAAUAAAAAUUGGGAACUAUUAAUUUCUUGCUCAUGUAGUUGGGAGUAUUUGUAUUAGUUUUCAGCUGUUUGGAUAGUUGAUAUUAGCAUCAUCAAACAUUGAGAGUACUUUAUUCAAAAUGUAUCUAGAAUGAUUAAAUUUAAGCUUAAAUAUCUGUGAAAUGAAACAAUAGGAUAAGAACUAAUAACACAGGUGUAGCUGUAAUAUGUGAUUUUUUUUAAGCAGGCUGUAAGUGAUUAUGAACAGGUAAAAAAUAGUUUUAAGAUAGAAAGCUAAGAAAAUCAUAAAAGAGCCUUGUGAAGAGUUUGAUAGGUAUAGAUGUUUCUAAGUAAACCAGAAAGGCAACACAAAUAACAAAAAGCUGCAUUUGAUGGUAUUUAUGUUACUUUUUAUAAUUAGAAUGACUUUAAAGCUUUAUGAAGAGUUGAUGUGAUGAUUUUUAUUCAUGUUAUUACACAUGGUACAGAAGUGGAAAGAACAGUUAAAUUUUCUUGUAAGAAAGAGAAAUAAUUGUUGUACCAAAACCAAAUUAGUAUACCAUUUUACAUUUACCCCUGCAUUGGUCAAGAAGUAUGCUAUGAGGUAUAUAUGCACAAAGGAAGAGAGGGGGUAAGGUUAGAGGUGAAUUGUAUACCUUAUGAAUUCAAGGGUGCGUGAAUUAAUCAAAACCUAUAUACGUGCGUACAGACAUACACAUCUAAUGAAAUGUACAGAAGUUAUGGACUUAAGUAUCAGUUUGUAGUAUUAAGAUAAUUUAUUCAAAGAAGGCUAUUCUAAAGGAUUAUUACCUUAUCUAGUCUUUAUUUUAAACAAUUCUUGAAAUAAUUUGUACUGAUUUUCUGUAUUUUGACAUUUAAUGUAUACUUUUUAUAUUAUGUAAGUAUAUUUAUGAGUAAGUGUGAUUGCAGGAAGGCAAAAAUGAUGUUUUAACCUCAGAUAUGUUUAGUCAGUAAUGUAUGGUUUUUCUUCAAAAUAUUUUUAAUAUCAAAUUAUCCGAACAUAAAUAACAGAGAUUAGUGAAAUGCAUAAAAAUAGGUAAUUAGAAUAUUAAAAUUUCAUAAUUUUAUACAUGUGUAUUAUGUAGAGGACACCUAAGCACAAGUGUUGUGAAAGGAUGAAAUCAAAGGCAUUUUUCAUUUGGUGACAAUGUGUGAUGACUUGGUCAAGUUUUCUUCUUGUGAUUUCACUGUGAAAAAUCCAUAAAAUGUUUAAAAUUACUAUCUUCACAUGAAACUUUCCUACUUAAAAAGUGAAGAGUAGUAAUGAUGAAAAAUCAGUAAUUGUUAUAGAUAGAUUAUUUUUAAAUCCCUAUAAAUGGAAUAUGUUUGAAAUGUUUGGAGUAACUAUUUAGCCUGAGUGCAUUGAAAAUUUUUCAUUUAAACAUUGACAUUAAGAACAUUGUUUUAAUGAUGAUAUUUUUGUGAUAUAUUCAAUGAUUUUGCUUUUAUAUGUUUUAUGUUUUUAACUAUCUAUCCUUAUUUUGCAUUGUAUUGGAUUAAGCUAUGAAAUUUGCUGAGAUUUGAAGUAAUGAAAUACUGGUUCUGUAGAAUACUAAAUAAACAUUUAUGUGCUGUUAAUUUACCUUGCUUCACAUAAAAUAAGAAUUGGCAUACAUAAACAAUUAUCUCCCUGAAAACAUAAGUAA